AUGGUGGGCUGGCUCAUCUAUCGACUCCAUCUAGACCCUUUGUCGCGUAUUCCAGGUCCCUUGCUGGCCAAAUUUGUUCCGAUCUGCAACAUUCGGAUGGUCCUCACCGGCCGAAUGAUGUUCACUUUCAAAGAACUGCAUGACACUUACGGUCCAGUAGUUCGCAUCGGACCUAGCGAGCUAUCAUUUGCAACGCACAGCGCAUUUGAUACCAUCUAUGGCCCCUAUGGUGAUAAAAACUUCUCGCUCUACGGCAGCCGGAAGGGGCUGUUGGGAAGCCUGGACAAGGAGAAUCGCCGGAAACUACGUCCCCUGGUGGCUACAUCGUUGAAUGAGCUGCUGGCCGCCAAAGGCGAGGAGUACUGUCACCUGGCAAUGGAUGAGCAAUUGGCAUCCCAUCAUGUAGGCCAGACAGAAGCAACGCCCGUCUCCCUGUCCACGUUGAAUAAUCGAUACUUGUGGCAAUUCGCGAGCAUGGCGGCCAAUGGAAACUGCGGCGACGAAACAGAUCGAGGUACUAGCUUCACCAAUAUUUUCAUGGGAUUGAGCUUUAUGGCACUAACCCAAGUCAUAGCCAUUUGCUUCAUCUUCCGACAGCCCGUCCAUCCAGGCGAAGUCAACUACGACAGAGAUGAAUCUCCCUUCCCGGAUAACCUACAUAGCCGGCUGCAGCAAGCGGCUUCCAGGACCAGCCUACACGUGCCUGAAUACCUGCUGCAGAUCAAUUGCUUUGUUCUCCGAUUCAGCAUAUACGGGACCGCAGACAAUAUGCUGAACGCGUUGUUCUAUUUUCUGCUGCGAAACCCACAAUGCUUAAAGAGACUGGAAGAGGAGGUUUCAUGUGUGGGUGCCACCGUGAAUGAGCUAUCGGACGAUCGUCUAGCGAAAUUGCCUUAUCUCAACGCCUGCAUUAACGAAACCUUCCGCAUCGCACCAGCCUUCAACGGGGGCAUAUUACAGCGAGUGUCAUGCGGCGCCACUGUUGAUGGGGUCUACGUCCCACCGGGGGUUGCGGUGUCGGUCGACCAUUAUACGCUGGGCCAUGAUCCUCAAUACUGGGUGAAGCCUGAUGUCUUCAAUCCGGAACGGUGGAUCGAUCCAGAUUGCAAGGAUAACUUCAAGGCAUCGCGUCCCUUCCUUAUCGGCGCACGCCAGUGUCCGGGGCGACAGAUGGCGUAUCAGAUGUUCCGGGUGUGUGUCGCUAAAUUGGUGUACCUGUACACCUUUGAAUUGUUGAACAAGGACUUUGACAUUGAGCGGGAUACCUUCUCCUCAUAUCAUUGGACUGGUGUCAAGCUUGAUGUUACCAUGAAACCGCGCACCCCGGGUGUCCUCGGUUACUGA